UGGCUGGCAGAAGCUCUGCCACCGCCAGUGUCGGCCACCGUCAAAUCAGAGCAGGGAACUCCUCGUGAACGUAUCCAAUCGACGGAGAGAGGGAGAUCUACGUUGCCCGGAGAUGGCAUUCAGAGGGAGGGAGAUGAUGAAGAAGGUGCUGAAGAAGGUCGGAGAGGACAAUCUGGCGCCGGGAGUGAAGGAGUCCCUCGAGAAAUGCAUCCCCAAGUCGAAGAUCGUCAUGGGGCGGGCCAACCGCGGCAUCUUCGCCGGCCGUCACAUCCGCUUCGGCAACCGCGUUAGCGAAGAUGGCGGCAACAAGUCGAGGAGGAGUUGGAAGCCUAAUGUGCAGGAGAAACGGCUCUUCAGUUACAUCCUUGACCGCCACAUUCGUGUGAAAGUCACCACCCACGCCCUCCGCUGCAUCGAUAAAGCAGGUGGAAUCGACGAGUACCUUCUCAAGACUCCUUACCACAAGAUGGACACAGAGUUGGGUCUUUACUGGAAAGCCAAGAUCGAGAAGCUCUACGAAGAGCUCGGGAAGAUGGAGGUGGUGUUCUUUUCCCCCGAGGAUGAAGCCAAAUUCGAACAGGGCUUCAAGGAUCUAAAGCUGGAAGAGAGAGCCACCCGCAGGGAGUUCAGGAGGCAGAUGUAUGGUGGUUCCAGCAAACCGAAACUGGGCGAGGACAGAACGGAAGACAAUCACGAAGAGGAUGUUCACACGCAUCAGGUAGCAGCUAAUUCUUGAGCGCGAUCACUAGUCAGGUUCCAAAUAAUGCUAUUUUCAAACAAUUUUGUCAGGUGGUUGCUGAACUAUUAGAAUCUCUUUCUUGUUCUUCCCCUGAUUGCCAGUUUUAGAUUUGGCAUAGCUGUAUACACUGCCAUUAGAAAGAAUGGCGCUUUGCUGCCUAAGAAGUAUUUGUAAUGAUAGUAUACUGGUAAUGCAUGAACUAUUCUGGUUUUCAUUAAUGAUGGGAGAAUUCUACGAUAUUGUCGGUCGAAA